AUGGCUCCCGCCGCCGCUGCGCGGGGGGAGAGCUACCACGCCAAGGAGGCGCCAGCGCCCCUCCGCGACGGGCCCACCGGCGCGAGUCUCCUGGUCCUCCUCGCCGGCGUCUCCUCCGCCGUCACUGCCGCCGGCUCGGGCCUCCAGUGGGGGCCGCCGCCUUCCAUGCUCCGCGCCGCCUCGCCUACCGACAUCGCCGGAGACGGAGAGGGUGGAGCCGUAGCAGGGAGGCUACUCGCCGGUCUGAUCCAUUCCAGAGCUCCUCCAGCACUCCUCGCCCAGCUCGCCCGGCGGCUCCAGUCCGGCUCAGGCUCUUCAAGCAUCGCUCCCGCAACCCCCCACCAGGCCCUGGCCCCGCCGGCGAGGAUGGCUUCCGUCGCCGCUGCGCGCGGGGAGAGCUACCAGACGCCAGCGCUCGUCCAAGUCGACUCUACCGUCGCGACUCUACCGCUUCUUCUCGCCGGCGCCUCUGCUGCCAUCGCCAACGGAGAGGAAGGUGCUCUGCACAGCCGAGGGGCCUGCAACGGCGAGGGUGGAGGGCGGGUACUCGCCAGACUGCUCCACUCCGGAGCGCCUCAAUCACUGCUGGCGCGGCUUGCCGAGCUCUCCUGGCGGCUCAAGUCCGGGUCAUUGGUGGCCGGUACUGCCUCUGCCACCAUCACGGACCUGAUGCAAUCCUCAUCCAAGAUGGCAGGAGUGCACACACUGGGUAUUCAACAUGGAGCCAUGGCGGUCUGCAACUUUGAGACUUCAGCGAAGCAAGGGCAAGUGCACACAGAGGCUGGAAGAGUUGGGGCAGAGCAAGCCCGAGCACACACAUGGCAGAGCAAAGGAGGUGUUUAUGGGAUGCCACUACACUCACUCGGGCACCGCCUGAGUAUCUUGGUUGUGCCCGCUGCCAGUGGUGGUGCCCGCCGUGGAUACUGCACUGGAGGAGGCAACCACGAUGAGGUCACCAAGGAGUUGGUGUGUCUGGACAAAAGAGUCACCAUCCUGGAGAAGUUUCGUGCCAAUAUUCGCUUCCGUCUAUUUGUCUUAGGGGGCUUUCUGCUGACCACCGGCACAGUUGCAGUCAUUCACCGUGAAGAAAUCUACAAUAGAUGUGGCUUCGAACUUCAGAACUUUGCGAGGACCUUUGCCAGGGACUUUGCCAGGGACUUUGCCAGCUCACAGCUUGAGGAGCUAUACAACUCGUUCAAAUUGGAUAUUAGCUGGCCAAACAUCUCUGAAAAGGUGAAUUACUUGACCCGUGGGUAUCUAGGAAAGACAAAGGAGGAGCGGAUAAUCGAUGAACUGAAAAGGAAGGAGCAAGAGGCUCUUGCUGAGAAGAAAAAGAAAGAAGCACAAGAUCUCCUGAACCAAAGGAAAGAAGAAGAGAAACGGAGGAAGGAAGACUAUGAAAGAUUGGAAAGGGAAAGGUACGAGGUCUUCAGGAAGACCCGACCCAAAAAUGAGAUGUGGUUUAUGACCUAUCAGGCAUGGAGGCGUGCUGAAAGCAACCGGUUUCUUGCCAUGAGAGAUGACUAUCUUCACGAGUUGUUCACUGGAAGGAAACAGUGGAAUGAUGAGGCUUGGAUAGCCGAAAAAGAAAGAUUGCUCAGGUAUCAUCAGACCGACUCUACCCGGAAAAGACUAAGGGAAAACAACAAAAAGAUGGCGGAGAAGAGUAGUGAGGAGGAGGUUCUGCCCUGGAUCGGCUACGCAGUACACUACAUCUUUGGUGGUUAUCGGUGGAAGUAGAUGAUUAAAGCUUUGAUAGCAUGCCCCUUUCUAAACUAGCUUUCUUAAUCGCCCAUGAGAAGGAAUUUCCUGGAUGAUGUGUUAUAUGCAGCUGGAUUAUGGCCUGGUAGCUUUUGUGGAUACCAGUAUUUGGCGAGGUUAAACUUCCAAAAUGAUUUUGGUUGGAUCUGUCUACCUACCUAUAUAUGUUGUAGCAGGAAGAAUGGAAUUUGGUGAUGCCCUGCUUGCCUUGUUUGCUGCAUA